AUGCCAAACCGGACGUCAGUCACCGAAUUCAUCUUGAUUGGGGUGUCAGAUGCCCGCGAUUUCUACGGGUCCCUCUUUGGCCUCUUUCUGCUUUUGUACAUAGUGAACAUCUCCGGAAAUUUAGUGGUAGCAGCGGUGACCCUCUGGGACCCGCGUCUCCAGACACCCAUGUACUUCUUCAUCGGCAACCUGGCUUUCAUCGACAUCUUCUACUUCUCCACCACCGUGCCCAAGAUGUUCAUGGGACUGGUGUCCCACAGCAAUCGCAUCCCCUAUGCUGGCUGCAUCGCCCAGAUGUUCUUCUUCCAUUUUCUGGGCUGCACCGAAGCCAUGCUCUUGGCCAUCAUGGGCUAUGAUCGCUACCUGGCCAUCUGCCAACCGCUCCGCUACCCUGUCCUCAUGAGCCGCCAGCUGCGCUGGACCUUAGCUGCUGCGGUGUGGACGGCCGGCUUCUUCCACUCGCUCGCCCAUGCCGUCAUGAUGUCCCGCCUCUCCUUCUGCCGAGACAACCAGGUGGCUCACUUCUUCUGCGACAUUUCGCCGCUCCUGGCCCUCUCCUGCUCAGAUACGAGGAUCAACCAGGCCUUGCUAGCGGGGGUGACCGGCUCCAUUAUCAUGGGCUGCUUCGCCUUAACCUUGAUCUCCUAUGGUCUCAUCCUACGGGCCGUGGUGGCCAUGCGCUCGGCAGAAGGCCUCCGGCGUACCUUUUCUACUUGCGGGGCCCACCUCACUGUGGUGGCCCUCCAUUAUGGCUGCGCGGGGGCCAUGUACCUGCGCCCCCAUUCGGAAAGCUCACUAGAAACCGACAGAGCUGUGACCGUGCUUUACACAGCGGUCACACCUGUUCUGAACCCACUGAUUUAUACCCUGCGCAAUAAGGAAGUCAAGGCAGCCCUGCGAAGGGCCGUCAGCCAGAAUGUGUGCAGUCAGAGAAGGUAA